ACUAGCACUGCACACGGCAAUGGCACAGCACGGAAGCAUGACAGGACCUUCCGUCAAAAUCGACGUGAAAGAAGACUACUGCGAAGGCUAUAAAUGGAUCCACAAGAAGCCUAGAUGCCUGGAACGCGCAAAUGAAUCUUCAUUAUUAGAGUCCACAGAAUGGGCAUACAAAUACAGAAGGUGCGGUGAUAGCAUGCAGUCCCCAAUCCACAUUCACUUCAUGUACAGCCGCUAUCUGCCAUUUGAACCAAUGCAAUUUGUGGGCUUUGAAGAGGCUACGACAUUCAUAAUCGAAAAUGGUGGUAAUGCAGUAUAUAUGACUGCAAAAGAUGCUACAGUGUCUGUUUUCGGUGGACCUCUAAGUGUACGCUACAACAUAUCCAAAGCCGUUUUCCAUCUUGGGUACCAGGACCAGCCUGGCUCUGAGCACAGGAUUGACGACAAUGAGUACGCUGCUGAGUUACAGAUCCUCUUGUCAUCCGUCAAACCAACGCCAACGGUAUGCCUGGACAGCAGCGUGGGUGUUGUUAUGAUGUGUAUCUUGUUCAAGGAAAGUGAGAGAGACAACCCUCACUUGAAGCCUUUCAUAGAUGCUACAACUUUCAUCCGAGACUUCAGAGGUGCAACGGUGGAGGCGACGUUCCCCAUGCGCUACUUGAUGCCGCGGUCUGCGAAGUAUUACUACGUCUACCAGGGAUCACUAACCUUCCCCCCGUGCACCAGCGGACUCCCAGUCAUGGUCUUCACCUCCACUGUUCCAAUCGGCAAGAGCCAGCUCGACAAACUACGAAGCAACCUCUACAUAUCUCUGGGUUACUGCAUCUACAAGAUGGCUGGCCAGCUAAGGGAAACAGCUGCCCUAUCUGGGAGGCCCAUACUUCGUUCUUUCAUGUUCAUGGACAGUUCCGUCGUGAAAGUCCAGCACGGCCCUGUACAAUUCGUUAUCGUGUUCUUAGACGUUCUACUUUUAAUAUAUCUGCGAACAUCUUUCGAUGUGAUGAUGUAAAAACUUUGCAAAGUACAUGCAUGUUGUAAUGA